AUGAAGUUUGAUAAUGUUCUUGAAAAUUCACCAGUCCUUACAGCAAUAUUUACUAAUAGUGCAAUACCAUAUGAAGUGGAUUUUACUCUCGAAAGUUUAAAACAUAUACAAGGGUCUGACCAUAAAGAAAACAUACAACAAGUUAUUCCUCAAAGAAAUAGGUUCGGAGUAGCGUUCUCAACUGCGAAAACGGCAAUUAAUAUCACGUUGAAAACUAAGAGCGAUAAUGA